UUGUCUCCUCGAAGUCGAAGGCGGUCAUCCACCCAUCAAAACCCCCCAAUCCCUCCUCUCUCUCUCUCUCUCUCUCUCUCCCCUACUGUCUCUGCAAAAUUUUAUGUAGAGAGAGAAAACCCAAAAAAAGAAAAAGAAAAAACCAAAAUCUGGGAAAGAGAGAGCCUUAAACUUUCUCUCAAUCCAAACAGAAGAGAGAGACAACUGAGAAUUUCAGAAAAUAUGUCUCACUUUGUCUUUCAAGCGGCGCAAGUUCCCACCACUGCGAAUACGUUGCAAUUGAGGCCGAGUUUGCCGCCGAUUCCUCAACUCUUUCCGCGUCAGCCGCUCGCCGUCAAGAACUGGAAGAGUCCGACCAUCCUCUGCUCGUUAUCACCGUCUCCAGCAGUAGACGGGGACUCUGUGUCGACCUUGGAGCGGUGCUUUAGAGCGCAGGCUGCUCCGGUUGAUAAAGUUUCGGCUGGUGAGUGGGGUCCGGUUAUGAAGGGACAGUACGGUGCGUUUGGCGCCGUCACUCUCGAGAAAGGAAAGCUUGAUAUGUCGCAGAAGCAAGCCCAGUCUAGUCCUGAGCUUGCAACCGGGGGAGGCGGUGGAGAUAUUGGAAAGAAAAUUUUUCAUGGUGGUGGUGAUGGAGGCGAUGAUGGAGGUGAUGAUGAUGACUACUUUGAUGAUUUUGAUGAUGGUGAUGAGGGAGAUGAGGGUGGACUAUUCAGGAGAAGGAAAUUUCUUGAAGAGCUUUUUGAUCGCAAGUUUGUGGAUGCUGUAUUGAAUGAGUGGCAAAAGACAAUGAUGGAUUUGCCUGCUGGGUUUCGACAAGCUUACGAAAUGGGCUUGGUCAGCUCUGCUCAAAUGGUGAAGCUUCUUGCAAUAAAUGCCAGACCCACUACUGCUAGGUUAAUAUCUAGAUCUAUCCCUGAGGCAAUGUCUAGGGCAUUUAUUGGCAGGAUGAUUGCAGAUCCUGCUUUUCUAUAUAAGCUUCUGUUGGAGCAGGCUGCUACGAUUGGUUACUCUGUUUGGUGGGAGCUUAAAAAUCGAAAAGAUAGGAUUAAACAAGAAUGGGAUCUGGCACUUAUCAAUGUGCUCACCAUGUCGGCAUGCAAUGCCAUUGUCGUUUGGUCACUUGCUCCAUGUCGUUCCUACGGAAACACAUUCCAGUUUGAUUUGCAGAAUACAUUGCAGAAACUACCAAAUAACGUCUUCGAGAAGAGUUAUCCACUCAGAGAAUUUGAUCUACAAAAGAAAGUCCACUCUUUCUUUUACAAGGCUGCAGAGUUGUGUAUGGUUGGAUUAACGGCAGGAGCAGUGCAAGGCUCUUUGUCAAAUUGGUUAGCCAGCAGAAAGAAGGAUAAGCUCUCAGUGACAGUCCCUAGUGUCAGUACUAAUGCACUGGGGUAUGGUGCUUUCCUUGGACUUUAUGCAAAUUUGAGAUACCAGCUGCUAUGCGGGUUUGAUAGAGCAAUGAUCAACUAUUUUGAUGUUAUCGGGGUGGCACUAUUUUUGAGUACUUCUUUGAGGAUUCUAAAUGUUCAAUUAGGAGAGACAUCAAGGCGUGCUUGGCUAGGGGUAGAGGCAGACCCUCUGGUUCAUUCUGAUAACCUUUUGAAGGCAUAUAACCGGCCCUCUACAGAUGUUACUGGAUCUUCUCCAAAAUGGUUAAUAUCAAAGAAUGCCAUUAUUUCUGGUCUUGGUCUUCUGGGCAUCAAGCAAGGAAAUGUUGGUGUUGACGAGGAAGCACCAGCUCCAAAGGCUCGGAGGAAGAGGAUUGUCCGGAAGAAGGUGGCAGCUAAUUAAACAUACUUUAGUUCAUGUAAUCACCUGCGCUGUCCAAUUUUGCCGCCUGAAAGAGCCAUGGCAUGCCGCAUAAUCAAAGCCUGAGAAGUAAGAACAGAGCGAAUGAAAACUACAUCGUCUCUGUGAGUGUAACUUUUGGGGGGGAAUUUUUGAAUUACUGGACUUUUUUUUGUUCUAAUAAUCUAAUAUACUAGUAUUCUGACUCUCUCUAAUGGGCUAAUCGGAUAUUGAUCUGUCAUUUUCAUUUCAUACAUAGUGAAUUAGAAGAUUUUUAAGGAAACUUGCUGUUUUUUUCCUUAAUAAAGGCAUUGUCUUGAGAGGUAUGACUGAUAAUGGGAGUGUUGAAUUUACUUUGUAAAUACGUUGUACCGCAAAAGUUCUUCGAACUGUUAUGUAUUUAUCCUCAGCUAUUUGAUUCA